AUGAGAGGAGCCGAAUCAGGGGUGAAGACCGGGUUGGUUGGCGGAUCUCAAACACGCACGGCGUCUUCCAAACAGCAAGGGGUGAAGGGCAAAGCUGUCUCCGUUGCGGUGCCGACUUUCACUACCAUUUUAAAAAAUGGACACAAGAGGUUGCGCCCUUCUUCUUUGCAGAAUUCGCCGUCGACUCCGAACUGCCUUGGCGACACUAACAAGCAGCAAAUCAGCAAAUUGGAAGGGUUGUCAGUGGAGGGACACAGGCAAACCGGGCAACAACCAGGUUACCAGGGUGUUGGUAUUGUUGAAGCUAAUGGUCAUAGUGGGGGUAUCUGGGUUCUAUGUUCUAAUUCAAAUAUUUCUGUGAGAGUAUUGGAUGUAAUUGAUCAAUGUAUCAGUUUUGAAAUCACUAUGGGCAAUACUUCUAGUUACUGUAGUGUAGUGUAUGCUAAUCCAUAUAUACAUCGGCGUAAAGAACUAUGGGGUGACUUGACAAGGAUUGCCAAUAUGAUCCACGGACCUUGGAUUGUGUUAGGGGACUUUAAUGAUGUGCUGUUGCAGAGUGAAGUUAGAGGGGGGCAGUUUAGACUUGCCAGAGCAGAACAAUUUGCAGAAACAUUGGAGAAUUGUGGGCUAUUUGAUAUGGGGGCUAUUGGGAGAAGAUUCACUUGGUACAGGAAGGUGAAAGGUGGGGUGCAGGUGGCUAAGAAGCUUGAUAGAGCAGUCAUCAACCAGGACUGGCGACUGAUGUUUCUGGAGGCUUAUACUGAGGUGCUAGCGCGCCUUCACUCUGAUCAUUGCCCGUUGUUCACUAGGUGCAAGAUAGCAGAGAGGGCUACCAAGGGCCAUCAUCCGUUUAGAUUCCAGGCUGCAUGGAUGACUCAUCCUCUUUUUAAGAAUGUUGUUCAUACAGCUUGGAAUAAAAGAGCUCCGGAUGUGGUCAAAUGUUUGUUGGAGGUUCAAAAAGAUGCAACUAGCUUCAAUAAAAAGGUUUUUGGCAAUAUUUUUGUUAAGAAAAUGGAGCUGGAGAGGCUUUUGAAUGACGUUCAGAUUACUCUGGAGAGUCAGGAGGAUCAGCAGCCUAGGAUCAAAGAGCAAGUUUUGCAUCAAGAACUGAAUGAUGUCCUUCUUCAAGAAGAGCUGUUGUGGUAUCAAAAAUCUAGAGAACAAUGGAGACUUCGACUCUACAAAAUGGCGGCAAAUUCUUUCUUUCAAAAACUCUUUUCUACAAGGGAGGAUAUCGACCUGGAUGCCAUGGGGCAUUUUCCUUGCCCGUCUCUUAGUACUGAGGCUUGUCAAAAGCUACUGGAACCAGUGACGUCUGAAGAGGUUAAAAGAGCUGUGAUGACCAUGAGUUCGUUUAAAGCCCCAGGGCUAGAUGGAUUUCAAGCAAUUUUCUACAAAGAGUUUUGGGACUCUCUUAGCAAUGAUGUGUGUGGACUGGUCAAGCGAGCCUUUGAGGGUGAGCCAAUGAAUGCUGCUAUUUUCGAUACUCUCGUUGUUCUAAUUCCUAAAGUGGAAGUUCCCUCUUCCUUACGGGAGUUUCGGUCUAUUAGCUUAUGUAAUGUAAUUUAUAAAAUUGUCACAAAAGUUCUAGUUAACAGGUUCAGACCUUUCUUGUCGGAGAUCAUUGGUCCUUUGCAAGGAGGGUUCAUUCUAGGAAGAGGAACCACAGAGAAUAUUAUCAUUGCUCAGGAGAUUAUGCACUUCAUGAGGAACACUAAGUCUCGAAAAGGGACCAUGGCGUUCAAGAUUGAUUUAGAAAAAGCUUAUGACAGGGUAGACUGGCGGUUUUUGGAAGCUUCUUUGGUCCGGUUUGGGUUUCCAAAGGCUACCAUUAAUCUUAUAUUGAAUUGUGUGACUUCCUCUUCGUUGUCAGUUUUAUGGAAUAGAAACAGGCUCCAAAAUUUCAAUCCAAAGAGAGGGUUGAGGCAAGGAGAUCCCAUGUCUCCUUAUCUAUUUGUACUUUGUAUGGAAAUGCUUGCCUGCUUUAUCUUUCAUAGAGUUUCCCAAGGUUUGUGGAACCCGGUAGCGGUUUCUAGGAACGGACCACGACUCUCUCAUUUGAUGUUUGCAGAUGAUCUUUUGUUUUUCUGUAAGGCAUCGAAAGCUCAAGUAAUAGAGGUUAUACAUUGCCUGGAUUUGUUUUCUAGAGCGUCAGGUUUGAAAGUAAAUCUUCAUAAGUCAAAGGCCUAG